UACUCAAAAGCCAGGGGCAAAAUAUCCCCAGCCUAGGCUGCUGAAGUGUGGAGUCCCAGCUUCCGGCGCUCUCCAGCGUCUCCCAUGUGCGUUUUUGACGCCAAACAUCUUGGCCGAGUUCUUCUCGGAGCAGCGCAGUCCUUUUGGCCCGUCUCACCCAUCCCCCCCGGUCAUGGGGGUUCGGUAACUACAUAUUUGCGACUGCUGACGUUGCAGUCUUGCUGAUGAAUCCAAUCGGUCAUGCCCCGAAUGUUGUUGCCUCUCCUCUCGGCAUGUCGCUAAGUCAGACUCGGGCAUCCAACCCGCCAGAUGCAGAUGAGAUGGCGGUGGCCCACUCGGUGUUCAGAACCAGGGCUGUGGAUAGGCCCAGAGCUUGGGAGUAAAGACGCCAUCGCGAAUUCUGGGGUCAAAAAUGGGCUAGAAACACCCCGCCUGUUAUUAGCGUGGCAUCUGUAGGUGGGUGGGUGAGCUCCCUGCUCUGCUGCUCCGAGAACGAGGAUAGAAAACGUCCCCGGAUUCCCCUCUCAACCCCGUCCUUCAUAUUCCACCCUUCCUGUACUCCUUAAUCUGCAGACCACCAUGGCAGCAAAUACGCCAACACCAAACAUGCACCCACAGAGAAAGAGGAAAGCUGAGGACGAUGCUCGUCCGGGGACCAAAAGGCCUACACAGAAAAGAGCCUCGGCAGCAUGUCGUAGCUGUCGUGCUAGGAAAGUUCGCUGUGAUGUUUUGCUAAAGAGCACACCCUGUACCAACUGCCGUCUGGAUGGAGCCGAAUGUAUCAUUGCAGAUAGCAAGAGGACAAAAUUUGCCCGUACGGCGGAUGGCACAACGCUCCUGAUUGGAAAUUCCCAAAAAGAUGCCGGCAACAAAGAUUGGAAUGCAGCUGCGGUUGUGGCACCGAAUAAUGAUCCCAUUAACGCAUCUGACCGUGGGAGCGUUGAACGAAGCAAUGAAUACGACAGCAGCGACAACGAAUUACAACAGAAAUCUGCAUCUGAUCCAAUCAUCGCGCAUGACAUGAUCUUAUCAAACAUGUUCUCCAUCAUGCAUCAGCUUUUUGGCCCCGCCCCAGAGACCAUUCAUAAGCAGCCAGACAUAGACCUUCCCCGAUUUAUCAAGCAACACUCCAUGGAGCUCGAGUCCGAUGAUUUCAGCUACCUUCAUAAGAAAGGGGCUUUUGAAAUCCCCCAUUUCGCGUUCCGAAACGAGCUUCUGAAGAGCUAUGUGAACUAUGUGCAUGUAUAUAUGCCUUUCCUUGACCUUGAAGAUUUCCUACAGACCAUCUACGAGAAUACCGGAAGGAAGCGGAUAAGUUUAUUGCUUUUUCAGGCCGUGAUGUUUGCUGGAACCGCUUUUGUUGAUAUCAAACACCUACGCAUGGCUGGCUAUCAAUCUAGAAGAGCAGCGCGGAAGGCAUUCUUUCAGAGAGUAAGGGCACUCUAUGACCUGGAUUAUGAAGAGGAUCAAAUCAUCGUGAUCCAGACAUUAAUGCUCAUGAGCUAUUGGUUCGAAACUCCGCACGACCAGAAGGACUGCUUUCACUGGAUCGGCAUCAGCCUGGCCCUAUCCAGACUCAACGGCAUGCACCUUGAUAUCACAACUGCAGUGAUGGAUCCCAAUACUAGACGAAUGUGGAGGCGUACCUGGUGGAUUUUAUAUAGCCGAGAUAAGACUAUUCCGCUUGGUAUGAGGCGCCCUGCAAGACUCAGAGAGGAUGACUAUGACCUGGACAUGGUCAGCCUCGAUGAUUUUGAACUCCAACCAUUGCCAAACCACCUGCGGCAGAUGAUCGGAGGCAGCGAAACCCUAAGCAACCAGUCAUAUCAACAGGUUUUGGCACUCCUGUUUAUUGAGAAGGUAAAACUGUGCCGCCAUUUACAUCAGGCACUUGCGUUGCAGUAUCGUACUCCGGUCCACGACGUCGAGAUGAUGAGAGGUUCACGGAUGGCUCUUAUCCCAAAAACAGAGGCAACGGAUAUCGCGCAAAUCAGGUAUCAUGACGAGGGUCUAGACAAGUGGUUCGCGAACACCCCCAAGGAAACACGAUAUUCCCCACAAUUCGCCUGCGAAUUAUCCGAAGCGGAGGAAGUCCUUCACCUUCAUCGCAGUAUGCUCAAAUUACUCUACCUCGCUACACGCAGUACCCUACAUCUCCCCCAAAUAAUACGAGCCCUCCCAAACAAAUUACAACCCAGCGAAUUACACCAAGAAUCCCUCGAAAAAGUCAGAUGCACCGCCGCCGAAAUAACCGCCAUCGCACAGGACCUGCACCACUUAAACCUUACCCGCUACCUUCCCUCAAACGGCGCCACCCCGCUCCUCUCCGCCAUCGCAGCGCAUGUCAUCGACCUCAGCUCCUCCGGCUCCGCGAUAAACUUAACCAGCCUAAACAGCCUACACCAAUGUCUGCAGACCAUUCUCCGCCUCCGCGAAAUCUACCCGGUCGCCGACUCCAUCACUUACUCCAUCGAAAAGAUCAUGCGGGACAUGGGUGUUCAACACUACCAACAGCAGCAACAGCAGCAAUACUCGCAUAACCCAUCGCGACAACAGCGAUGACGACCUUGACGACGCAGGGCCAGGCGGGAGGCGCGGUAACCACACCGUCAGAUUGCUAUGACCUUGCCAGCGCAGGGAUGGAUUGCUACGGCCCCAUGUCGUCGCCCAAGGCGUGUCCACCCAGUUUGAAGAUUUUGGAUUCUAUCGUUAGCCACCCGCGUGUGCGGGAGGGGAGCAGCAGCGUUUCUUCGUCUGCGUCUGAGAACGGGGGUGAGGCGGGCACCAGGGGUAGAGAUGUGGGCGAGGAUAAAGAUGGGCGACCGGGUGAACACGGGAAUGAGAUGGGGGUGAAGAGUAAGAUCGAGAACCGAAAUGGCAAUGGCAAUGGCAAUGGCAAUGGCAAUGGGGAUGGGGAUGAUUUAUGCACGCCUGUGUCCAGUCACAGCAACCCAAACGCCUACGCCCAUGACACCACCAACACGGGCGUCUGCGGUUUCUCCAUUGACCAUAUUGCACAGCGCCCGUUACAAAACCCAGCUGAACCCGAAAUGGGCGCGGGCGCGGGAGCGGCCACUGCCACCGAAUCCGAACCACCACCACACGAGCUGGGCAAUACACUACUCAGCGAGGAUAUGGACGAACAAUCCAUCGACACCAUGCUGAAGGAGUUCGCAGGGAACUAUAGCAUAUUUGAGAUGGGCUAUGCGAUGGGCGAGGAGGAUGGGGUGGGUAUUGGUAGUUUACCUAUUACGAUCGAUGAUGGCGAUCUACUAAAUGGCAGCAGCAAUUUCGUGGUCGAAAGGAAGGCUAAUGAUCCCGCCGUCUCUGAUGGUGGUGGGUCAGAGCAGACUGUUCGGCUUUCGGUUUGAGAUGGAUAUUUCCUUUCUUUAUUUCCUGUUUUUAUUUCUUAUUGUGGUUUUUCGUAUUCGACUCACCCGUGGAUCCCGCAUGAAUGCAUGCGUAAUGUGAUGAUGAAAUGAACAUGACAAUAAAUUUAUAGUUUCCUGCGUCUUCGUCUUCUUUUGCUUGUGAAAAUAGUAAUACAGAAACAAAGGCGAACUCACUACGUAUGAAUUGCUCAAUUAUUUGAUAAAAUUCUAUCCUACCCCUAUCAAAGCGGUGACAGUUAGUCGACGAUAAGUUUAAACUAGCCCCAGUCAAAACUAAGUACGUACACUGCAUAAUCUUCGUUAUUUAAAUCAUUUCGAUUUCUUUUAUAUAGCUCUAUAUCUAUCUAGCUCAACAAGGUGUAACCUACCAUUAAACGGAAACAACUCAAUGGCCAUGAUUGGAGGUUUGUUUUUUUUUUUUUUUUGUUUUUUU